AUGACGCAGAAAGAGUGGGAACCUGCUGAUAAUAUUCCCCAGGAUAUCCAGAUCCUGUUGGACAAGGCCAAUACGCCUUUCCAGUACAUCAACAUUUUCUACCAGCUGCUGGGACUGCUGAAAUCGCAGCCGAGAACAGGAUGGGUGAUGAAAAAUAUCUCCGAGCCUGAAUCGAUUGCAGAUCACAUGUAUCGUAUGGCUUUAAUAUCGAUGACGCUGAAGACGAAGGUGGAUACUGCCAAAUGUGCUAAGAUUGCACUGGUUCACGACAUCUCAGAGUCUGUGGUGGGAGACAUUGUUCCCCACGAUACCAAAAUUGACAAAGUGGAGAAGAACAAAAGGGAGUACAAGACGAUCUUAUAUCUUUCCUCCAUUAUUGAGAAGUAUAACCCCGAGUUUGCCAAGGAGAUCGUGGAGUUGUGGUUGGACUAUGAAGAGCAGAGAAACAACGAGGCCAAGAUGGUUAAGGACAUCGACAAGUUUGAGCUAUUGGUCCAAACUUUUGAGUACGAGAAGCUGACAUCAAAGAGAUAUGAUGAGUUCUUCGACUCUAGAGCACUCAUCAAGUCUGCGGAAGUGAGUGGGAUGGCGGAUGAUUUGAUUGAGGAGAGAAACAAGUUUUGGGAGUCCAAGGGCCUUCAGUAA